AUGAGAGGAGCUGAGAAGAAGCGACGGAGGUGCGUAGUUUGCUGGAGGUACUCGGUGAAUCGGUCUCCGGUACCUGAUGAAGACGUGACGGAUGCUUCAUCCGAGAAGGACCAGCUCACGCUUGGAGAAAUCAUCAACAUCAAGUUGGUGGAGAGUGGAGAGAAAGAUAAUCUGAUGGAGCUUGUGAGAUAUAGAUUGGUGGAGUCUGGUUGGAAAGAUGAGAUGAGGGUUGCUUGCAGGGAGCAUGUAAAGAAGAAAGGGAGGAAAGAUGUCACAGUCGAUGAGCUAAUCCGAGUGAUCACUCCCAAAGGCAGAGCUUCAGUACCAGAUGCUGUGAAGCAAGAGCUGCUGAACAGAAUUCAAAACUUCAUUGGAUCAUCUGCUCCUUGAUGGUUUUGUCUCUAUGGUGCGGUGGUUUCUAGUUUCUACUUGUACCCAACACUUAACCGGAGAAGAAACUCCUUUUUGAACCAAAUGAAACAAUGCCAUCCUGAAAAAUACCAGUUAUGAUGAUUUAGGAAGCACCAUAUGAGAUCAGAUCAGCUAGAUCCUUGCAGAACCAACCUGGUUUAGACCAGCAUAAGAUAAUGGCUUUAUGCUUAAAAGUUAAACUUGCCAUUUAGAACAUUUGUUUUUCCCUUACACAAAGCAAACACAAACAGUAGCUCAUACCAUUGGGGUUUGGCUCUGUUACUUAGUCUCACUUUCUCUCUACAUAAAUCCUUUGUUUCAAAUCUCUCACAAAACACAGACAAACUCACACAUUAGACACAACAA